AUGGAUUGUCAGAAUUCAUUCAGUCAAACCGAAGGCUUUGUCAACCUCCUCAGCAGUCAGCUUGUUCACGACCCAUACUCUCCUUGUAUUGAACUUGGAUCAUCACAGGUUCUUUUGUUUAGUACACAAGGUACCGAUGGUCCAAGUUUAGGUGGCGAUGAUCGUAAGGUUAGAAGAGCAUGGACUCCCAAGGAAGAUCUAAUCCUCAUUAGUGCAUGGCUUAACACUUCCAAAGACCCCAUCGUUGCUAAUGAACAGAAGGCCGGUUCGUUCUGGACCUGGAUCCAUCGUUUCUACAACUCAAGUCCUCUACUAGUCGACCUCCCCAAACGCGAUAUCAGUCAUUGCAAGCAGCGCUGGGGAAGGAUAAACGACCACGUCUGUAAGUUUGUAGGGUCAUAUGCGGCUGCUACGAAUGAGAAGACAUCAGGGCAAAAUGAGAAUGAUGUGAUGAAAGCCGCACACGAAAUUUUCUUCAAUGACUACCUCUUCAAGUUCAACCUCGAUCACGCAUGGAGAGAACUCCGCCACGACCAGAAGUGGUGUGCAACACCCGCGAUGAAGGAUGGUGGAAAGGGAAAGCGAAGGAAAGUGGAAGCGGGGACAGGUCAAAGCUCUAUGCCUGAAAACGUCGGUGAUGAUGUCACGCAGGUUAGGCCACCAGGUGUGAAGGCAUCAAAGAGGAAAGGGAAAAGUUCAACCAGUAUGAAAAAAGAGAGUGAAGAGAUUGUGGACUUGGGUAAUGUGUGGAAAAUCAAGCAAAAGGAUUUAGCACUCAAAAAGGAGAUUGUGAAGCAUAAGGUACUAGAUCGGCUACUAGCCAAAACUGAGCUGUCUGAAAAUGAAACGGCACUUAAGAACAAACUUAUCAAUGAGCUGUUGUAG